AUGGCGGAUGCUCAAUUUGAUAGUGCGCUCGAUCUUCUUCGACGCCUGAACCCCCGAGACACUAAGCAAAACCUCCAGGCGAUCACAACCAUUGUGCCUGAUCUUACUGAAGACCUGCUAUCCUCUGUGGAUCAGCCUCUCGAGAUCCGCCGCUGCUCCAAGACCAACCGGGACUACCUGCUCUGCGAUUAUAACCGUGAUGGAGACAGCUAUCGUUCCCCUUGGAGUAACGAGUUCGAUCCACCACUGGAUGAUGGUACCGUGCCCAGUGAGAGAGUGAGAAAGCUCGAAGUGGCGGCCAACGAGGCCUUUGACGUCUACCGUGAGCUGUACUAUGAAGGGGGUGUGGGCAGCGUUUACUUCUGGGAUUUGGAUGAUGGAUUUGCCGGGGUGAUACUGUUGAAGAAGGGGGUGACACCCGGGGCGAAGAGCUCGGGAGAAUGGGACAGCAUCCAUGUGUUUGAAGCUACCGACCGGGCUCGCAUGUCUCAUUACAAACUGACCAGUACCGUGAUUCUUCAUUUGGCCAAUUCCACGGAGGCCCUGGGAGAGAUGGGUCUGAGUGGUAACAUGACCCGACAGGUGGAGCUUGAUCUGGAUGUGGAAUCUGAUGCCAGCCACGUGGCCAAUAUCGGCCGUCUGGUCGAAGAUAUGGAAUUGAAGAUGAGGAACUUGCUACAGGAGGUUUACUUUGGUAAAGCGAAGGAUGUCGUCGGUGAACUGCGGAGCCUCUCGUCCUUGUCUGAGUCUAGCAAAGAAAGGGCCACUCAUGCUGAGAUGAUCCGGUCCAUGCAGAGGUAA